UCUCUUUAGUUGAAGAAGAAAUUUGCAUUCAAAGAUGAGAAGUCUUUAGCUUAAAAAGCAAGGACGGAAAGCAAUGGUUUUUGCAAUGCCAGCAUCCGUCUUGGGCUUAUGUUUCUCUGCAUCUGUGCUUGAAAAGCCUUGACCUUUCUCAUAGUUAUGUCUGAUGUAUUGUUUUUUCGACAUUUCGUGGGUGAUUCAUAGGCUUCAGAGUUCAGACCCGUCUUUAGUUUGGAGUUCGUUCCUGCCAAAAGAUGGAAACUUUAUUUUCGGUAAUUGUCUACCCAUCUGAGUUUGAGCUUCAGCGCAUGAAACAGGAGGGAUCCAUGGUGAUGGGUUAUUCGAUAAUUAUAAAAAAGAGUGACGAUGAGGACAUGGUCGACCAGAGAGUACGCGCUUAUGGAACAAGUAGAUUAAAGCGAGUUCAAAUUGGCUCUUUUGGGACUUUUUCGUGCGGUUUUUGUUUCUAGCAAUUUGAAAUUUUUUCUUCUUCUACUUUACGGAUUAAAUCGAUGGGUGGUCGUGCAUCAGAUCAGGAUCUCAAAGCAACAGAGAACAAUUUCGUGUUUAAUUACCGUGUAAAUCCAGUGCAUGUUCAUCGCAGAUUCUUAUGCACAUGGAAUACCCAGUGGUGUUCAUCGUUGCAUAGGAAAUUUCUCUGUAUGUUUAGGGUUUGCUUCUUGUAGAAGUGUGGUUUGUGGAUGAAAUGUGCUACGCUGCCAUAAAUUUGGGGGAAAUGUUGUUCCAAAAUGAUCCCCGGAUACUCUAUUGUGACCCAUAAACAAAGUUUAGAGCUUUCCUGAUCGUUUCUUCCCGGGACGGUGGUUAUGGAAAAUUGUUCCUUUCUUUGAAUCGAGUUGAACCAGAAAUCUAAACAUUUGAUAUCUUUACCGCCUGAUGAAUUCUUGUGUAAUGAUGAAGAAUUGGUCCUCUUCACAUAACUGUUGUUUGGCCCUACAUGAAAUAGUGUCUGUUAGUUCUCGUGUGCAGACCACUCUGUCGGGUUAAACUUAUGUCCGAAAGUGAGUCACUGGUUUCUUGGUCGAGAGAUCUGAAUAGUCUCUGCUCAGUAGGGAACUGAUCAAUAUAUCCGGUUAAUUACUGUGCCCACUUUGUUAAGUAGCUCUUUGAUGCUGUACUAUGUUUAUACUGCUUCCAAGUUGCAUGUUGCUUCGGCAGUUCUUAUUUAUGGUGCCUAUGGUUUCCCUGCCGUGGUUAGAUUGAAGUCUUGUUUUUUUGGCCUUGUCUUAUGUGUUUUCUUGUUUGGAUUGAUGACUGGCAGUGGCCAUGUAGAAAAUUGACAGAUAAGAUUGUGAUGGGAAGGCAGGUUUUGAUCAAAGGAACAGAGCUUAGCGAGGAGCUUGAAGCACAAUGACCGACAGAUGAUGCGAUUGAGAUGAUGGGAUUGGUGAACAACAACUUAGUUUUGAUUGGAACUAAACAAAAGAAUUGAUUAUUGAGGUAGAUGGAACAGGUCCUUCUGACUCUCUAAUUUGCAUAAGGAAAUGCAAACCGAGAAGGAAGCCAUCCUCUGUACAGUUGGGUAGAUAUUUCAGUCUUGAGAUGGUUAAAGCUACUUCUUGAUCAACCAACUGGUCGGGGUUCCAGAACCAUACGAUACAUGUGGAAAGGGACAUGGCAGAUUGAACAUGCAAGACAUGAAGUCUUUUUUUUUGGCAUAGAUCUCUUAAUGACCCAUGUCUUGUAUGAUCUACUCCACCAACAAAGCUUUGCAGAAUUAGUGUUGGAAACUGAGAGAACUAUUGUGGUCAUGAUGAAGAAACGCACAUGAGGUUUGGCUACGUGGAUCAAUAAAACCAUGACAAGUUGCAUCAUUUAUGAGGUGUUUAUUGAGAAAUCUUGGACCAUCUAAAGAGUAGAAGCGGGCAAAAUAUGGGAUCAGCAAGAAAUUUAAGGAGAUCACCUUGCUGUGACAAGGUUGGAUUGAAGAAAGGACCUUGGACACCAGAAGAAGACCAGAAGCUUUUGGCUUUCAUUGAAGAACAUGGUCAUGGGAGCUGGCGUUCAUUGCCUGAGAAAGCCGGCCUACAAAGGUGCGGAAAGAGUUGUAGGCUCAGAUGGACUAACUACUUAAGACCUGACAUCAAGAGAGGGAAAUUCACCUUGCAAGAGGAACAGACCAUCAUUCAACUCCAUGCUCUCUUGGGGAACAGGUGGUCAGCGAUUGCGACUCACCUGCCAAAGAGGACAGACAAUGAGAUAAAGAACUACUGGAACACGCAUCUGAAGAAACGGCUGGUGAAAAUGGGAAUAGAUCCGGUGACCCACAAGCCCAAAAACGAGACCCUUUUGUCGUCGGGCGGUCAGUCGAAGAACGCAGCUACACUCAGCCACAUGGCUCAAUGGGAAAGUGCCCGGCUCGAGGCCGAGGCAAGGCUGGCCAGAGAAUCAAAGCUUCUGCAUUUACAGCACUAUCAGAAAAGCCUUAACAAAACAGCUCAUUAUGCCGCCUUCCCUCACAAAUCGUCCUCCAAUUGGACAAAACCAAAUGAAGGCAGUGCAGAUCAACAGCAUGAAUCUCCAACAUCCACAGUGACAUUCACCGAUAAUGUCCCAACAGCGUUGAUGCCUUCUACUGGACUCGGAAUCCUGCCGGAAAACAAGAACAACGAAGACAACGACUUAUCUGGAAUUCCGGCCACGACAAUCGAAUUCGUCGGCUCUUCCUCUGCUGCCUCCUCCGACACGGGUCUGAUCAAAGAACACGAGCACGAACACGAUUGGAUCACUUCAACAAUCCACGAGUUCGCAACCGCACAGAUGAACUGUCCGACGGAAGGAAUCGAAGAAGGGUUUACCAGCCUUCUGCUUAGCAAUACCCUUGACCGGAAUUUCUCCGGCGCCGGAAAAAACGACGUCGUCAUCGGCAACGAGAGUAGCUGUGGAGGUGACUACAACUACCACGAGGACAACAAGAACUACUGGAACAGCAUUCUGAACUUGGUCGAUUCCUCACCGUCCGAUUCCCCGCCGAUGUUCUGAUCCAAGGGUCGAGAUUUUAUCCGACAUUUUAAGUAGACUUUUAAUUUUUAUGCUUCGUGAAUUUGCAAACUUAGUCAGAGUAAUUAAUGUCGAUAGCUUAAUUCAAUAUAUUUUUUUUUCACUUUCCGUUUUA